GCGCCAAGCCUGGGAAUCAACAUCGCGCCUCGCAGCACGCCGCCCUCCGCGUCCUUAGUGUCGGAUCGAAUCGAUCGCCAUCCCAUGAUAGCGACAGCGCUGAAUAGACUUACCCCCUCAGCGGCACAGCAAUGGCAGAGCCCGUGCUGAGCGCCGCGGCGACGGCCCCGGACAAUGGCCCAGACGGUGCCCCGGAGCCCUCAGUCGCCAACAACCAUGUCAAACCCGAGACACCUCAAGCUCCCGCGCCUGCUCCUGCCCUAGCGCCCGUCUCGGUCCUUUCUCCAGCGCCUGCGGUCCCCUCGGCGGCCCUUACCCUCCCUGCAUCCGCGCCUGCAGUCCCGGCGACAACGGCGACACCAGCGCCAACGGUGGCUCCUGCACCAGCCCCUUGUCCAGGGCCAACUCCCUCACCAGCCCCGACACAGACAGUUUCCCUGACAGCGGCGCCGAUAUCAACCGCUGCUUCUAUACCAGCGCAAACACCAGCCGCAUCGCUCCCACCAGUCUCGGCCCCGGUCCAAGAACAACCGCCGGCUUCCGCUCCGGCACCCGCUGUCGCUGCCGUUCCCGCCUACAUACACACGCCACCCCAGGCCCAGGCAGCAGCUCUGGCGCCGCUGGAUGACAUGUCAUUCAACCUCGCCGACAGCAUCCUCAACGCCCUCAAGCGGCCUAGGAGUCCCGAGCUUGGGGAUCCCACGGGUGGGGAUGAGAAGAGACUGAGAACAGGGACGGCCCCGCCAGCUCCCGACGCGAAUCCGUUCGAUAUCGGCGCCCUCCUCGAGUCGGCUCUCGGAAACCUCGACGAGCAGCUCAACGACCUCCUCCCACCGAUGCCUGACUUUAACGCCAAGCCUGAUGUGCAAGCACUGCCUGUCUCUGCGCCGCCCUUCGUGAGCGUGCCCGCGGCGACGAUUAUGCCUGCUGCUAUUGCCAGCCUCGGACCACAGAUAAAGCACGAGCAGAAGAAGAUGAAGUUCUUCCAGAAUGCCACUUAUAUCGUGCGGUCCAUGGGGUUGCCGUUUCUCGGAACUCUGGCGGUGCAAGUGCUCCUUGCGCUCUCGGAGAAACCCCGCCCCGAGACGGUGGCGGCGAUCCGCAGCUCAGAAUCAGAGAUGGGCAAGGCCUACAAGGCUCUGAGCGCAACAUUCAAACAAGCGCGCAGAAUGUUUUCCGACACAUCCUCCAUCCUACACCCGGACGAACUCGAGAUUAAAGAGUCGGGCGAUCUCGAGACCAUUCAGAUGACCAACAUGGCUACUAUCUGCUCAACUAUCUUCGAGUCGGAUGACGCGUCGCUGGCCGAGGCGCACGACGCCUUCUUGCGAACCUUUGUGCCAGAGUACGGGCCUCUCAGCGACGAGCUGAUAAAGCUUUUUCUGAGUCUCAAGACCCAGGCGUUUCUGCGCGCAUGCCCGGAAAACGUCGAGGAGGGGCGCAUGAGGGAAAUACUCGCGGGCUUCUUUCCCGCCGAUGCAGAGGCGCCCCUGAAGCAGCUCCACCCGGAUCUACCCCUGACCCAGACAGAAAAGGUCUUUGUGAGCGCGUCGACUAAGAGGGGCGAGCGCUUUGGCAACGAGAUCAGAGAUGCCAUGAAGAGGAGAAUGCUCUCUAUCGAGUAUCCAAGCGACGGGUUUUUGGACGAGGUGAACAAGUAUCUAAGGGACAACCACGACACGGUCCUGCGUUAUGCCGAGAGUCAAGGUAUCGAAAUUCCAGUCGACGAAGAGCCGAUGACGGAUCUGCCGAUGGAUGGCGCAUUAGAUUUUGACCUGUCUGCGCUGCAGGCCCCCGUCAAGGUGGAUGCGAUAGGGAUGGCCGAGCUAGCGGCGCCGGACCUGGCCUCAUCCUUGUCCGAGAGCCUUGGUUUGGGUAAGCUCAUCCAGGACUCGCUAGAGAAGGAGAAGCCGCUGGAGACGGAGCCCAAGGGCCUCGCGUCCCUGAUAGCCGAGAAGCUUGGCGCGGGUGCUUCUCCAUAUCACCAGGGCGGCAUGCAAAAUUCAUACAUGCAGUAUCAGAGUUCGGCAUACGCAGCCGGCUGUCAACCAAACGGGGCGCCGGCGGCGUCUGGCGGCCAUUCUGUGGACCUGCCGCCUCAUCAAAGCUCGCCAACGACAGUGCUCUACGAGCGCGCACGUCAAGCCGCCGUGGCCAAGUCGACGGCACACGCCCGCCGGGAGGGACUGCACUCGACGCGUCGGCCCUGGACGCCAGAGGAGGAACGGGCGCUGAUGACGGGGCUUGAUAUGGUCAAGGGCCCUCACUGGAGCCAGAUCCUUCAGCUGUUUGGCUCCAACGGCACAAUCAACGAUAUCCUCAAGGACCGCACCCAGGUGCAGCUCAAGGACAAGGCGCGCAACCUCAAGCUUUUCUUCCUCAAGACCAAUUCGGAAAUGCCUUAUUAUCUGCAGUGCGUGACGGGCGAGCUCAAAACUCGUGCUCCGAGCCAGGCCGCGCGCAAGGAGGCGGAGGAAAAGGCACGAAUGAACUCGGAGGAGGAGAACGCGAGGAUUCAGGGAAUCAUGACCUUGGCCGGCGGGCUCCAAAACAAUAACGCGAUCAACAAUAAUAACAACAACAACGGCAACGGCGGCGGCAAUGGGAACAACAAGGGGGCCAGUCCUGUGCCUAGUGCGCCAACCUACUCUCCACUCACGCCUGGGGGAUCCGUUUAUGGCGGCGCCGGGGCCAGGACGGGCAGUCCGUCGACACCAGUUCACACACCCGUCAUGGGGCCCGCCAAGGUGGCAAUACCGCCAGCAACUUCAACGGCUUCGAUGACGCAUGCUGCCGUGGCACCAACCCCGCUGGCUCUCAACGGGGCUGUGGCUCGACCUGCCGGAGGUGUGCCUCCUGCCAUGACGCCGUCACCUCACGGACACUCAAGUCCAGCGAGCGCCACGGCAUCUGUACACCACCAGAUUCAUACGCAGCAGGCCCAGCAGCGCCUCCCACAGAGUAACCUACAACACCAGCAAACCAUGCAAAAGCAACCGCAACCGCAACCGCUACAACAACAGCAGCCGUCACCGCAACAACAUCAACAACACUACGCUCCACCCCAAAGAACCCCACAGGCCUACCCCCAGUCGCGGCCGCCGCAACCACUUCAGCAAGCCCAGGGACAGCGACCGCCACAGGUGCACGUGCCCGUGCCCGUGCCCGUGCAACAGCGGGCUACUCCUCAGCCACAAGCUGCCCCGACCAUGCCGCCGGCUGUCUACCAGGUCCAGCAAGCGCAGCAGGGCCGGCUGCCGCCGGGGCACCCUCAGUAUCAGACACAGUCGCAGGCGCGGCAGCAGGCUGCCCACCCACAGCAACGGACCGCGACUCCUCCGAUACAGCCCCAGCAGGCCCAGGCGCAGGCCGCAAGGCCUCAGGUGCCUGCUGGUGGGCAGCAGCAACCACAGCACUCGCUGACUCUUCCUCAAGCACCCAGGCCACUUGUGCAGCAGCAACAAGCGCCGCAACAGCAUCACCAACAGGCGCAAUACCCACCACACGCACAGCCUGCCCAGCAACAAACUCAGCAUCCACAGGCUCAGCAGCAAGCUGUCCGGCAGCCUGCCCAGCACCCUCAAGCUAGGCAAGCGCACGUCCAGCAACAUGUCCAGAAUCCCCAACAGGUGCAAGCGCAGCAGCCGCGAGUACAGCAUGUUCAAGCGCAACAGCCACCGGCUCAGGCGCAGGCGCAGGCCCAGCCGCAGCAGCCAGGACUGGCAGCAGAAGUAACGCACAGCAGCCUGCCCGCCGACACGAGUGGGGAGAUGGACCUGUCAGAAACGAACUCGGAUGCCGCGCUGCUGCGUACGUUGCAGGCCGCCAUAUCUGGUGUUUCUAGCUGAGUUUUGUUUGUUCACCGAAAGCAUUUUUGGCGUUUGUAUAUCCUGAUUUCUGGGCCUCCUUUCUUUUCCUAUACCACAUCCAGUAGGUUUUAGAUUUUCCUGGAGCAUAUUCUCUGCAUUGGAGCGCCAACUUUGAUGGGCGUGUUGAGCUACAUGAAUGAUUUGCUCACCUGAGACGCCUUUUGUAUUCGGCAAUGCCUCGAUUUCAUUCUUCCGAACUUGUGUAUAUAUACUCUACGUGGCGGUCGCAAGCGCAAACAUUUCGAGUCAAUGUGGGUGUGCGCUGUCGUCCUCUCCUAGACUAACAGGUAGCCCGCGAUUGUCGAUGAGUCUGUUGCGCC